CCUGUGAACUCAGUUGAGAAGUAGUUCUUCUCAUAUCCUUUGUAUGCCUGUUGGCCUCUGAAUCUCUUCCCUGCUUUCGAUCUCGACAUCGUUAUAUUGCACCACCCGUGUCAUCUGGGGUCAUGAAGAGAAUUUCCAUGGUCAUGUGCAGACCGGCCACUAAUCGGCCCUUGGUGGAUACAUAUGGAGGCCACCUCAAUAUGGACCUUGUGAUGAUGAAUCCUCGCCGGCAGAAGGAGAAGAUCGUGGUCAUACUGGGAGCCACUGGGACCGGGAAAUCCAGGCUGUCAAUCGACAUUGCAUCCAGGUUCCCAGCAGAGAUCGUGAACUCCGACAAGAUGCAGGUCUAUAAGGGCCUGGACGUCGUCACUAACAAGAUCACCGAGGACGAGCAAUGUGGCAUCCCUCACCACUUGCUGGGGACAGUCCCCCCAGAUGAAGAUUUCACCCGGGCGGACUUCUGUUAUGAGGCAUCCCUUGCAAUUGGAUCGAUCGGGGCGCGUAGCCAGCUCCCGGUGGUAGUUGGUGGCUCCAACUCGUACGUAGAGGCUCUAGUUACGAACCACGAGUACUAUAAUUACCAUUUCAGGUCGCCCAUGUAUGACUGUUGCUUCCUCUGGGUCGAUGUGGAAAUGCCUGUACUCCACAAGUACGUGUGCGACCGCGUUGAUCGAAUGGUACAACAAGGUCUAGUAGAUGAGGUCCGGGAGAUGUUUGACCCGGAAGCCGACUACUCUAAGGGCAUCAGGAGAGCAAUCGGCGUCCCAGAGCUGGACAGGUACUUUCGGACCAAGAAAUUCCUCAACAGGCAGGCCCGUGCCAGAGUGCUCAAGGAGGCCAUCGAGGAGAUCAAGAAAAACACAUGCAAACUGGCGUCCCGGCAGCGGGAGAAGAUCCACAGACUAUGGAACCUGAAGGGGUGGAGUCUCCACAGGCUUAACGCGACUAAGGUGUUCCAUAGGCGAGGCGAGGAGGCAGACCGAGUCUGGGACGAGCUCGUGGCAGGGCCUGGCGCGGCGAUUGUGACAGAAUUUCUGUACAAGAAUGCAGCUUUGGUAGAUAGUGGAGGGUUCACUUGCGACCCUCUAUUGGGAAUCAGAUUCCCUCACGCCAUUGAGACCACAAUUACGGCAUCGACUGUCGCACGAUAGAAAGAUAGAUGACGUCAUCAAAUUGAAGUUUCUACUGUGGCAGAAAUCUGAGAAAGAUUACCAUUUUGAGUUUUGAGAUUUGAGAGUAUUGUAUCAUAUAUCGGAUAGAAAUUAAAAUUAAAAAAAAAAAAGAAAGAAAAUUUCUCACGAACCAAAAAAAAAAAAAGCUCCGUGUUCAUCUUCCUUAUAUGUAGGCUUCAGAAUCAAAGUUGACAUUGAUCAAAAAUUUCUCCGAUACUGAAAACUUUAAUGCAUCAAUUUUCUUUUUUGAUUGGGAGAAA